UUGACGUUCCAUAUUAAACAUUUAAAUUUAAUAACUCUGCGUAUUCGCGAAAUAGUCGAAAAAGCGUAAUUAUUCUCUGUUCAAACAAGAAAAUAUUCGAGUAUUCUCAUUAUAUAUAAUUCAAAUAUUAUAGAAACGUGGAAUAAUGUCUUUCAACUUUGGUUCUACAUCAACUCCCAAAACUGCAGCUACCGGCUUUACGCUACCAUCAAAUCCUACAGUUACUACAGCUGGAGGGUUUCAACCAAAUUUUGGUUCUGGAGAUAGUAAAGCACAAACUAAACCAACCUCUUCACUCUUUGGUUCUCCUGCUGGUCAAACUCAACCACUUUCUUUCGGAUCAUUGCCAAAAACCAAUAUUACAGGUACAAGUACACCUUCUUUUGGCUUCACAACACCAGCAAGUACAACUACAGUAUCAAGUCAUUCGUUUGGGGCUACAGUUACAAAUUCUUCCGCUCCAGCUACAACUGCGCAAUUUGGUCAAACUACUUCUAAACCGGGCUCCACCCUUAUUUCUCUUUUGAGCUCACCAUCAGCUACUACAGCUUCCACAACGGGGUUAUCAUUUGGAGAUGCCCCAAGUACUACAUCAUCAGCAAGUCCAUCUUUUGGUUUAACUACUUCAAGUGCUGCCAGUAGUAUCUCAGCACCAUUGAAAUUACCAACAACUACCACAACUUCAGUUUCACUUCCCAGUACCAUAAGCAACACAACAUCGGUUCCAACAUUUGCUACUACAACAUCAUCAUCAACAGGAUCUCUAACAUUUGGUCAACUGGAAGAUUCUAUAAAUAAAUGGACCAUGGAUUUAGAAGAACAAGGGAAAUUUUUUAUCAACCAGGCUAAGCAACUAAAUGCCUGGGAUUCAUUACUCAUUUCUAAUGGUGAAAAGAUACUAAAUUUAAACAGUAGUAUAGAACAAGUAAAGCAACAGCAGCAAAAAUUGGAUCAAGAAUUAGAUUUUGUAUUAGCACAACAAAAGGAAUUAGAGGAAUUAAUCGUACCAUUAGAAAAGGAACUACUGGAGAUCCCUGUUACAGAUAUUGAUAGAAACCAAAUGUACCAAUUUUCUGAAGUUAUUGAUUCGCAGCUAAAGCAAAUGUCCGAUGAUUUAAAAGAAAUUAUUGAACAUAUUAAUGAAUCUAAUAAGGAAGAAGAAAUAUCAAAUCCCAUUACUCAAGUGAGCAAAAUACUAAAUGCGCAUAUGAACUCUCUCCAGUGGAUAGAUAGAAACACAGCACAGAUAAGUUCACAUUUGGAAGAAAUUAGUAAAAUGCAAGAUUCAAAUAGAAGAAAUACAAACUUCAACCAAUCUUAUAACAACUCUUUUAAUAUGUAAUUCAUUUUUGUUUGCACCUUCUAGUUAUUACAUUUUUAUGAAUUUA